GCUUGAGUCUAGUGGUUAAGGUUUGAUCUUAUGACUUUAAGGUCAUGAGAUCAAAUUUUACUAGGGAUGCUUUGGGGUUGAGGUUUCCGUAAUCAUCUCCCCCUUCACUCCCAAAGAGGCAAAGAGCAAAGUUGAGUGGUAUAUUUGCAACUUGUAAGAGGUGUUAGUUCAGUAGAGUCUUUACGCAAGCGACUAGAAAAACAUAUGCUUUUGCGGUUUUGCCUAUAAUGGAAGGAAGGAGAGUGUUAGUAAAGAUAUUUUAAUUUCUAUUUUGCCAAUUCACUCAACCAACAUUUAGCAUGAAAGGCUUUUUUCAAUAUCUUAUUAAACCUUAGACGUAUAUGGCGAAAUUUGAAAUAUUAAGGAUUUAUGGUGAAUCUUUGAAAACCUCAAAGUUUUCAUGAAAAAAUCGAGAAGAUAAUGGGAACAAUCACCUAGAAAAAAAAGAUAACAAUCAUGAUAAAAUAGAAAGAACUUUUUGUAAUUAAGGGUGUAUAACGUAACUUUUGAGAUUAUAAAGAUUUUAUGUUAGAAGAAGAUAGUUUUUUAAUUGAAUUAUUUUCCAAAACAAUUCAAAAAGAUUUAUGUGCGGAAUUUUUUAAUGGGAGUUCAAUAUGUGUUCUUUUGAUUUUUUGUUUUCCUAUUAAAAGAAGAUAGCUUGUUUUGUAAUAGAAUAUUAAUUGAAAAAAUAUUUUACAAAUGAUUUAUGUGGAGAAUUUUUUAAUGAAAGCGUGAUACAUAACCUGUUUGGCUUUUGUUUUAGUAUAAUACAAUAGACGAUGAAAUGUAAGACUCUAUAAAAGUGGAAGCAUCAAAACAACAUUUUUUAAUUAUAAAAGUAUAUAAUUUUUGAAACUUUCUCUUGAUAAAAUUUGUUUGAUCACAAUGUGGCAAAAAGAAAGUUAACCCCGCAUAUUACAUAACAUAACCAAGGGAAUUACUAACAUGAGAUUAACAUCAAUGAUAUUGUUAACCCUUCAAGAAAAAAAAUCAAUAUACUAUUAAGACACAUGUGUAUCAUUUAGAUCUUUUUACAGCUGGUUCAUACCAUAAAAUUUAAAACUUUAAAAUCACAAGAAUAUGCCAUAGAACAGAGGCGGUUAAGGCCACGUGCACUCGUGCAGGAUGAGCAACUGCACAGGCCUCUGAAAUAUAAGGGCAUAAUUUUAUUAGUGGUCCUCCCAAAGAAAAAAAAAAUUAAAUCUAAUUACAAAUAUAAAGAGAUUAAUUUCUGUUUAGUGUUUUUGAUUUUCUUCUCCUAUUCUCUAAAAAACCCCAUUUAUAACUCUUCCGUCUAUUCUAUUUACCAAAAAAAAAUUAAUUUUUAAAAUUAAUUUUAGCACAGAAUCCUAAUUUUAUGAGACGGUCCUGUCAUAGAAGAUCUAUUAAAAUACCGCAAAAAUAAGGGGAUAAUGCACUAGCAUGUCAACCUAAAACUAGAGCUACAUUUAGCGAUUCAGUACAUAUUUGAAGGCAUUCUUAACCAUGAACCCAGAAAUGGUUCAUAGCCUUGAAUGUCCUGCACUCAGACUACAGUCUACAAAUGCUAGUAAAACUGUAACAAUAUAUUCUCUCUCCUCAAUUUUGAACUUAAAUGACUCCCUCCAAACUCCUGAAAACCCUUCUCAAAAACCCAAAUUCAAUUUCUUCAAAAUCCCAAGCUAAACAACUUCAUGCCCAGAUCAUCAAACAUAAAGGAUUCAACCCACAUUAUCUUUCCACCCUUCUAUCUAUCUACUGCAACCUAAACCUUUUACCUCAAUCCAUCAAUCUCUUUAACACCCUUCAAUCACCCCCACUUCUUGCUUGGAAAUCUCUCAUUAGAUGUUACACUUGUCUUGGUUUUUGCUCUGAUUGUUUGUCUUUUUUUAAUCGAAUGCGUGUUUCUGGGUUAUACCCAGAUCAUAAUAUUUUUCCUUCUGUUGUAAAAUCAUGUACAUUGUUGAAAAGUUUGAAACUUGGUGAAUCUGUUCAUGCUUGUAUUAUAAGGGUUGGUCUUGAUGUUGAUGUUUAUACUUGUAAUGCACUUAUGAAUAUGUAUUCCAAUUUGGAGAGUUUGAGUGAGAAUGUUGAGGAAAAGGGUCGCACCCGCUAUGUGUUUGAUGAAAUGUCUAAAAGAAAGUUGGAUUAUAAGGGGUGUGGUGAUUUGUCUAGCAAUGAGGUUGAUGAUAUUGUGAAGUUUAAUUUGGAUGUAAUGGGUAGUAAUAGUUUAGAUGACUCUUCUCAAAAGGGCAGGGGAUUGUGUUUUCGAAAGAGUGGUGUGCAGAAAGUAUUUGAGAUGAUGCCAGCUAGAGAUAUUGUUUCAUGGAAUACUGUUAUUGCAGGUAAUGCACAAAAUGGAAUGUUUGAGGAUGCUUUAGCAAUGUUAAGGGACUUGGGAAAGGCCGGCUUAAAGCCGGAUACUUUUAGUCUUUCAAGUGUUCUUCCGAUGUUUUCAGAGCUCGUGGAUGUUGAUCGAGGGAGGGAGAUUCAUGGUUAUGCUAUUAGAAAUGGUUUUGAUGUUGACUUGUACGUUGGAAGUGGCUUGAUUGACAUGUAUUCUAAGUGCAAUCAAAUAGAGGAUGCGUACAAGGUGUUUAUUCUUUUACCUCUUCGCGAUAGCAUCUCUUGGAACUCUGUUAUUGCUGGUUGUGUGCAGAAUGGUAUUUUUAAUGAAGCCCUUAAAUUGUUUAGGAAGAUGAUAAUGGCAAAAGUUAAUCCUGGGAGUGUUUCAUUUUCGAGCAUCAUUCCUGCUUGUGCUCAUCUAACCACAUUACGCUUAGGUAAGCAGUUGCAUGGGUACAUAAUGAGGUGCAGGUUUGAGGAAAAUGUACUUGUUGCUAGUUCACUAGUUGACAUGUAUGCGAAAUGUGGGUUCAUCAAGAUUGCUCGGCGUAUAUUUGAUAAGAUGAAGCUACAUGAUACGGUGUCAUGGACAGCCAUGAUAAUGGGCUAUGCUUUACAUGGGCAUGCUCAUGAUGCCAUUUCCUUAUUUAAACAAAUGGAAAUGGAGGGAGUAAAACCUAACUCUGUCGCUUUUGUAGCUGUUUUAACUGCGUGUAGUCAUGCUGGGUUGAUAGAUGAAGCCUGGCAUUACUUUAACAGCAUGAGCCAUGAUUAUAGACUAUCUCCACAGCUAGAGCACUAUGCUGCUAUUGCAGACCUUCUUGGCCGAGCAGGAAGGUUGAAUGAAGCUUAUGAGUUUAUCCUCAAGGUUCCUUCCCCAAAUGGCAGUGUCUGGUCCACAUUGCUUGCUGCUUGUCGAAAGCAUAAAAACAUCGAAAUGGCCGAAAAAGUUUCAAGUGAAUUAUUUAGAGUAGAUCCCAAUAACAUAGGUGCUUAUGUUCUCCUGUCCAACACAUAUUCAGCUGCUAAGCGAUGGAAAGAUGCUGCAAUGGUGAGGAAAACUAUGAAGAAUCAAGACAUAUUGAAAAAAGCAGCUUGUAGUUGGAUUGAAGUGAGGAACAAAUUACAUGCUUUUGUAGCAGGAGAUAAAUCUCAUCCAUGUUAUGAACGAAUAAAGAAGGCUCUUGAAGAAUUACUGGAGAAAAUGGAGAAAGAAGGAUAUGUUCCUGAUACAAGUGAAGUGCUCCAUGAUGUUGAUGAGGAGUACAAGAAGAGUCUACUUUAUAAUCACAGUGAGAGACUAGCUAUAGCAUAUGGCAUCUUAAGUACACCAGAAGGAACGACGAUUUGCAUAACCAAGAAUAUACGGGUAUGUAAUGACUGCCAUACGGCUAUAAAGUUCAUGUCAAAUAUUGUUCACAGAGAAAUAAUUGUUAGGGAUAAUAGCCGGUUUCACCAUUUUAAAGAUGGUAAUUGUUCAUGUCAAGACUAUUGGUAGCAUGAAUCAACUAAUGAUACUGCAGGAAUAUAAAAGCGGAAUAUGUUAUAUCGGAUAUUUUGAGAAGUGUACAUCGUUUUUAGUGGCAGGGUCCGGUGAAAGAAUAGGAAAUGUAAUUUCACUAUAUCUUUUCCUAGGAACAUGACCUAUAACAAGAAUAUGUUUUUUAUUGGCACGGUAGCUUUGAAGUGUGUUUUUUGGCGAGUAGGGCUAGGUGAGAAAUGGUUUUCGAGGCGAACAAGUGAGAGGGGACAAAUUGGCAAGUCUGCCUGGUAUGUUACAAUUUGGAAGAAUGUGAAGAAGUUUCUGGUGAAUCAAUUGAACUCCAUGAAAACAAACUCCAAUGAUUUCUCUUGCAUGAGAGAGAGAAGAAAAAUGUGUUACAACAGAAAUCAUUCUUAAAAACUGAGAACUAAUAAAACUGACAAGCUGGAAUUCUGUUAUAACUGUCUCCUAACAAGAGAAGGAGAAAUCUGGUGUGAUAGAGCUGUUCGUUAUGGGUAUUUUGUCUUGUUCACUGGUGUAUUUGCUCUGCAAUGAACAUUAGACUAUUUUGGCUUGCAAGUUGACAGUAAGUUGCUGUCAAUUAAUUGAAGAAUUACCCUUCUUGUCAGUGGAAGGUUUAAACCAGGAGAGAUUGGACUCUUCGUUUUACUUCAAGUAACUGUGUCGGAUCCUCUAGAUGGACUGUGGACACUUUGACAAUCCAUUUCGAGCCAAAAUCAUGGGAAGUUUCAUAAAAUUACACGACUUGGAAACCUAAUGUGUCCGACAAAAGUACCAGAUUCCGAGUAACAUAGUUUAAUCACACCCAAAGAUCAAAUUUAUACCAUUUCUUGUAUAGUACACAUUAUAUCGAUCUCAUCUCCUUGAGCAUGAAUUGAGUCUGUAAAUUGUAUGUACGACAGACCUAGAAAGGAAAGAAAAGAAAUUGAAAUGACAAGAGAGUUGAUGAAUACUUAUAUUGCUUUGUA